AUGGGCGCUGAGGAGGAGGUGCUGGUCACACUGUCAGGGGGAGCCCCCUGGGGCUUCCGACUUAGGGGGGGGGCCGAGCAGAAGAAACCCUUACAGGUGUCCAAGAUCCGAAGACGGAGCCAGGCUGGCAGAGCAGGACUCAGGGAGAGGGACCAGCUCUUGGCCAUCAAUGGGGUUUCCUGCACCAGCCUCUCUCAUGCCAGUGCUAUGAGCCUCAUUGACACCUCAGGAAAUCAGCUUGUCCUCACUGUGAGGCGGUUAGGGGAUGAGGGGCCUGUGCGAUCUCCAUCCCCUGGUGAGCUUCGGGUGCUGUCUCCCUUGUCUCCGCUGAGUCCAGAGCCCCCUGGAGCUCCAGUUCCCCAGCCUCUGCAGCCUGGGAGCCUUCGCUCACCCCCUGACAGUGAGGCUUACUAUGGAGAAACAGACAGUGAUGUCGAUGGCACAGCCACCCAAGAGAAGCCCCGCCGCCCCCGCCGCCGAGGCCCCACGAGGCCCACCCCUCCAGGAGCUCCACCUGAUGAAGUCUACCUAUCUGACAGCCCUGCAGAACCAGCCCCUGUCAUCCCUGAUCCUUCCAGCCAGGGUGACAACCGUGUGAGCUCCCCAUCUUGGGAGGAUGUGACAGCCCUAAAGCCACCCCCGGCUGAGGCUCUGCUGCUACCCCAUGGCCCCCUCCGGCCUGGUCCUCACCUCAUCCCUAUGGUGGGGCCUGUUCCCCACCCAGUGUCAGAAGAUCUUACUACCACCUACAUGCAGAAGGCCAAGCAAGCCAAACUGCAGCGUGCAGAGAGCCUCCAAGAGAAGAGUGUGAAGGAGGCCAAGACCAAAUGCAGGACGAUUGCAUCCCUGCUAACAGCCGCCCCCAACCCCCACUCCAAGGGGGUGCUUAUGUUUAAGAAACGGCGACAGAGAGCCAAGAAGUACACGCUAGUGAGCUUUGGGGCUGCAGCUAGGACCGGCGCUGAGGACGAGGAGGACGGCAUACCCCCGACAAGCGAGUCAGAGCUGGAGGAAGAAACCUUCUCUGACGCCCGCAGCCCCACCAAUCAGACCGACUGGGACAGCCCCUAUCUGGACAUGGAGCUGGCCAGGCCGGGAUCGACCGCGGCGGAGGGCCAGGGCCAGGGCCCGGGGUUCGGAGGGCAGCUGAGCGAGGCCUCCAGCCGAGGGGCCCAGCUCUUCGAACAGCAGCGCCAACGCGCAGCCUCCAGCACCCAGGAGGUGGCCCGGGACGGCGCACCAGCCAUGCUCAAUGGGCAGGGUCUGCAAUCACCGCCUCGGGCCCACAGUGCGCCCCCGGAGGGGGCUAUGCUCCCACCCAGCCCCUUGCCGGCCCCUGUAGCCAGCCCCACACCCUUCUUUCCUGGUGGCGGGGCCCCUACCCCAACCCCGGGCAUCUUUAACCGGUCAGCCAGGCCAUUUACCCCCGGGCUUAAGGGCAAGCGGCCAGGUACCACCUCGGUUAUUUUCAGGCCCUUAGCCCCCAAGAGGGCGAAUGACAACCUGGGAGGCCUCAGUCCCGCCCCACCCCCCUUCUUGUCCUCUCCGCAGGGCCCCACCCCUCUGCCUAGCUUCACCUCGGGGGCUCCCAGCCACGUGCCAGCCUCCGGUUCCCUCGGUACCCCGCGCUCCUCGGGUCCCGUGACGACGGCCACCAGCACCCUGUACAUCCCAGCCCCCAGUCGGCCUGUUACCCCGGGCGGAGCCCCGGAGCCCCCCGCUCUUCCUAGCGCAGCUGCCAUGACCUCCACUGCUUCUAUCUUCCUGUCAGCGCCUCUGCGACCAGCCCCACGCCCAGAGGCGCCCGCCCCAGGCCCCGCCGCACCGGAGCCCCCCAGCGCCCGGGAGCAGCGCAUCUCCGUGCCGGCUGCCCGCACGGGGAUCCUGCAGGAGGCCCGGCGCCGGGGGACCCGGAAGCAGAUGUUCCGGCAGGGAGCCGAGGAGACGAAGAAUUCGCCGAACCCUGAGCUGCUAUCGCUGGUGCUGAAUCUGGAUGAGAAACCCCGUGCCGGCUGUGCUGAAUCUGGUCCUGAGGAGGACGUUCUGAGCCUCGGAGCUGAAGCCUGCAACUUCAUGCAGCCAUUAGGGGGCAGGAGUUACAAGACCCCACCUCCCAUGACACCUAAAACACCGCCGCCAAUGGUCCCCAAGACCCCACCCCCCGUGACUCCUAAGACCCCACCCCCCGUGGCUCCUAAACCCCCAUCUCGAGGGCUCCUUGAUGGACUGGUGAAUGGGGCAGCCCCUUCGCCGGGAAUCCAUGAGCCACCAAGGCUUCAGGGUAGGGGUGGGGAGCUGUUUGCCAAGCGGCAGAGCCGUGUGGACAGGUAUGUGGUGGAAGCUACACCUGGUCCAGGCCUUGGCCCUAGGCCCAGAAGCCCUUCUCCUACCCCUUCACUGCCCCCUUCCUGGAAAUAUUCACCCAACGUGCGUGCCCCACCUCCUAUUGCUUACAACCCACUGCUGUCACCCUUUUUCCCCCAGGCUGCCCGAACUCUCCCUAAUAAGGCCCAAUCCCAGGGGCCUCGGGCAACCCCCAAGCAGGGCAUCAAGGCUCUCGAUUUCAUGCAACACCAGCCCUACCAACUUAAAACAGCCAUGUUCUGUUUUGAUGAGGUUCCCCAGACUCCUGGCCCCACUGCUUCAGGGCUUCCCAAAACUGCCCGAGUGCAGGAGAUCCGCCGAUUUUCCACUCCGGCGCCCCAGCCCACUGCAGAGCCUCUGGUCCCCACUGUGCUUGCCCCCCGGGCAGCCACUACACUGGAUGAACCCAUCUGGAGGACGGAGCUGUCUUCAGCCCCUGUCCCUAGCCCAGUCCUUACUACAGAGCCUCCCAGGGGCCCUGGAGCCUCCCUGAGCUCCUGUAGCUUCCAGGUAGCCAGGCCUAAGUUCUCAGCUACCAGAACGGGAUUGCAGGCUCAUGUGUGGAGGCCUGGGGCAGGGCACCAGUGAGCAAGGUUGAGCACGCAGGACCAAGGAGAGGUAGGACAUCCAGUUCCCAAUGUUUCUUCUUCUACCCAUCCCACCCCCUUGCUCAGGCAUCUAGAGGCUAAAGUUCCCUCCUGCCAAAGAUAGUUUUGGAGUUUGUCCCACCCUCAUCUUCUUUCUCACUCUCCACCUCCCUGCUGCUUUCCAACUUUAUAUCUCUGCUUUGGUAUCUUCACUUCUCUCUUUGUCUCUGUAUGUCCUUGCCUGGCUCUCUGUCUUUAUCUCUGGGUCUCUCUACCUACACUCCUUCUCUGUGUUUCUGUUUCUCUACCUUUCUGCUUUUCUCUGUGGGCCUCAUUUAAAGCUCACUGAGAAGCAGCUCAGCACCAGCCAGACAACAAAAGGGACUGAACUGACCUCUGCUGGCACUAAGCCCCUCCUACUCCUCACUCUUUUUUCUCAAGUUUGACCUAGGCAUGUAUGUGUGCGUGUAUGUGCAAGUGUGUGUGUGGCACAGGUGUUGUCUUCUGCCUGAGAUGAGGGUAAGAGGGGAGGUGUAAAACUCAAUGUGGGUCUUAUCCUUGUGCUGAUGAAAGAAGUGUCAGAUUUCCCCACAUAGAUUGUCUAGUGGGAAGAAACAGAUUCACUAGAGAAGAACUCUGUACAGAGACUGGGGUCUAUAGCAGAUGUAUAGCAUCUUGUGAGACUAAUGGAGUAUGAGGAGAUGCGGGCCAGGACACCUUGUAUGGACUGAGUUAUACCAGCUAUACCAGGCAUUGAACUAUGAGUUCUGUUCCUUAGGAUUUCAGAAAGACAACUUGAGAGACCCAUGCCCAGCAGCCCAGCAUCCAGGAAAUAAGGAAAAAGUUCUGAGAACGAACAAAUCAUUGGCUUCCUUGUUUCAUGAGCCUAAAACAAAAAGGAGGGAGAAAGGAGCCACAAUGUGGAAAGUGAGGCAGACACCAGGAGUAGAACAGAAAUGAAUGAAAGCAAUAGAGUCACACAGAGAACAGCAUGGUGAGGAAGAGGGCAGUGUUGUCGGAGAGUGAAGCUGGAUAAAGAGAAACCACCUGUGUGCAGGAGGGGGAUGGGGAAAAAUUGGAGAAGAAUGUAUUUAUUAGCAGAGUGAAGGGGAAUGAUUGGGGAGGGGAUGUGAGGGUGUAGGCAGAGUGUUGAAAGAACAAUUGGAGUCUGGGCUAUCUUCUUUGAGUGUGUACCGCUGUCUUCUGUGGCUUCUCAUGACUGCCUAGGAAAAGGCAGGAAAACACCCAGAGCCAAAACCUCUUUUCAGACCUAUCUGAUUCCUCAAAACCCUAGCUACUGUUCCUUUCCAGCUUUAGGUCCUGAUAUUUGAUCCUGGACUCUCCUAUUGCCAUAACCUCUAUAAACCAUGUUUGCUGCUUAAUCUGGAAAUUGAUAAUCUCCUUUGCAUAUUGGGUGUGAGUCAUGGUACUUUGGUGUGUGCACAAGAAUAAACGUAUGCUCUAUACUUUCUGUUGCUGUUGUCUCUUCUAGUGUUAUACCUAAAUCCUGAUCUCUCCUUGAUCUUCUAAAACCCAUUCUCUGGAUCUCCUGAUUCCUGACCUCUUUCUCCCAUUCCUGCCCUCUCAUUUUUCACCGUUUUGCCCUUCAUCCCCAGUUUUUUUUUUUCACUCUUAUCUACGAAUUCUGUCCAGUUCUGAUUUAGCCACCUCCACUACUCCCAUUUAUUCCCUCUCCCCAAAUUCUCCAUCCAGUUUCUCCCCCCUGGCCAGCCCUAGCCCCAUAUUUCCCAGGUAUGGCUUCAGCUUACAGAAUUAAGUAAAUUUGGAAAGGCCCUCUGAGCCUUUUGCCAUCAACAGUUCCUGCCUUCUUGGAGGAAGCAACCGUGUUAAAUAGUCUCUGGGAAUUAAAUAAAGGGAAAGCAAUGGCUGGAGGUGAAGGUGGGAUAGGAGAGAGAGGAAAGAGAGAAAAGGUGGAUCAGUGUAGACUGAAAUGAAUAAAGAAUAGCUCUUACUGGAGGCAGGAAAGAAUAAAAGGCUGCUGAGAAGGAAAGUGCUGUUGCUCUAAUUUUACCAGCAGGGGGCAUAUUUGUGCUAUUAACCAGGCCCAGGACCCUGAUACUCCCAAGUACACAGCCUCUGAGAAUUCCAAGGGAAGGGCCCAGAGAGAGCAUAGGCUAAAUCUUGCUUCACCUCAGUAGUUUUAGGUACUCAAUCAUAGGAGACCAAAAUUUUGGUUUGGUAUGGUUUGGUUUUGGUGGGGAAGGGUGAUGGUGAUGACAAAAUAGCCUUUUGCUACUUAUGUUUUUUAAUUGCUUCCUUGGAUUGGUUGGGAGGGAAUGGAGCAGGAGGACUGAAGAUGAGGGCUCUGAAGGCACAAGUGAUCUGGGUAGAGACCAACUAGAAGGACAGAGGAGACCUUUCAGCCCCUAGCCCAAACCUGAAAAGUAAGGAUGGGAUAAGGACAUGAACAAGAAGAAUGGAGGGCUCAUAGAGGGACUGAGGGGUGUUUGGGGAGCUAUGAAAGCCCCUUUCUUAAGGCAGCUGCAACGGGGUGGUGGUGGCUUCAGCAGAGAUUCAGCAGCAGUUCGUUCCAGAGCAGGAACUGAUGGUGCAGGAGGAUCCAGGAAUGUUCAUUCAGCUCCUGAGGAAGAGGCUAAGUAAAUGACAGGUUUUUCCCAAGUGGGCUCUCAAGCUUAUGCUCCUGGCCCAGAGGCUCAUUUGUAGCAGUGCAAUGAAAUAGUCCAGAGCCUAUGGACUGUGUGCUCUCUGUGAAAGAUUGCAAGGGCCUGGCAGGUCAGAAGCCUCCAUGUGCUUCUCAAGAACACAUCAACACCUAUCCUGCAGAGCAGGCUCAAUGAGCAUCUCCAACAACAAAUGAGGGUAAAAGGCAGAUCCAAUUCU